UACGAUAUGUAAACACACGAUCUACGACACACGUGAAUUUUGACAUUCUGAACGUAAACAAGCUUGCGAUCGGUUGCGACUUCACGUGAAGGACGAAUUUUCGGAGAUGCAAAAGGCGAAGAAGAAAGGCAAGCCGCAACAACCUCCCUCGUCCGUCGCCGAGCCCGCGCCCGCGGAAUCGCUGACGGACGAGGACGUGGGCAAGGACUUCGGGACUCUCAUGAACGCGCCGCUCUCGAAAGGCGGGCACUUCGUCUUCAAGUCGGAGAAGGCCUGGACCGUCGACUCGUCGGAGUACUCGGAAUUCUUCACCCUGAACCUGAAGGAGGUGUCGGCCGCGAUUGACUGCGUUCCGUUCAACGAAUACGUCGACGUGCCCGACAGGUACUUCGUAAGCGAUCAGUUGACGAGUAUCUACAAUGAUGCUGAGAGAAGCAAGGCGGCUUACAGCGCAAUUCUGGAUGAACUGAUCAAGGAGAACGCGAAGACUGACCAAUCGAAAGAUAUGAAGUCAACGACAAACGUGAAACCAGAAAACAAUCUUGAUAAUUUAGAAAAAGAUCCAGAUUCUUUAGGUGAUAUAGAGGAAGAUCUAGAUUUUCUAUUGUCUCUAAAGGAACCUCUCCCGAGCACUGUGACAGAAAUCGCCCAGCCCAUGUCGCUAUCUACGUCUCGUAGCAGUGAUUCCAAAACAAAGUCGACGAACAUUCCGAAUAAACCAAUUGACUUGGACUUAGAAAAAUGGCUAGACUCUGUUUUAGAUGACUAAUUUUCCUAUAUUAUUGUGAAAAGACUGAGAAAAAAGGAAAAGUAACAAAGUAGAUAAUGUAAAAUUAUAAAAAGGUCGUUUAUUUGACACAUAUAACAUGUAAAGAAUUAUAUUUUUAUGAUUAAAAAAUUAUAUGAAUCUA